UCUCCUUUCUCACUAUUUUUUUUUACCCCAUUUUUCUGCUAAUAAUUGCGCAGUCGUAAACCACCGCAUAAGAGGACAGCGAAAGCGUGCUGCAUUUUCUUUUCCUUCUUCAUAUUUCUUCCACGCCUCGUCUAGGAAUUUUGUUGGCAAGGGAUUUAGCACCUAAUUCGUCCUAUUCUAUUUCUGUUCUCCCUUUGCCGUGAUCCGCUUUCUCUCUCUGUUUUUUCAUAAAUUUUUCAUGUUAUUUUCGUCGUUCUGUUUCUUAUUUGAUCUGCUAACGUUUGCAGAAAGAAAGGCGUUCCCUUUCGGCUUAUUGCCUUGGCCAGGGAUUUGGACCGAGAUCCCAAGUUUAACGGUUUCUAAAUUCCUGGCUUCUUGUUGUUCUUGCCCAAAGGCACCUCCUUUUGGUACUAGGGUUGGAAAAAUCUGUUCUUGUUGUAUCUGCAAUUGUUUGACUUUCACUGUUGUUCGUGAUCUUGUUCUUGAAGUUUGAUUCCUCUAAAAAGGUGCCUUUUUCCCCCCUCCUCCGGUUGUAAAUUUGGGAAUUUGACUGCUAGUCUCCUUGAUGUCGGUGCCUGCGGUCGCGAUUCCUGCUGUCGCUCCUGGCGGCCUUUGCUUGAGCUCCCGCCUGUCGCAUUGCUCGUCUGAGUAUGAUCAGAAUGCAAGAUUCUCCUCAUGCAGUAAUACUGCAGCGUCUUCUGCCUCUUCCAGCCGUAAGCCGAUCCACGGUGGUCUCUCGUACCUUUUCUCCUCGCCGUUGGCCCGACUCUUGCCCACCGCCGCUGGUUCAAGCUUGAACGAUGAGGUCUCUCCGCCACGGCUUGACCGGUCAGACGAGUUCGGGAGCUCCUUUUCCUACUCAACCUAUUCUCCUUCGCUCAAAUACAGAGAGCCCAGCCCCAUUGCCGUCUUUCAUGGCUCCGUUUCAUCUUCUUCCAGGAGCCCACCUUUGCACAGAAUCCCUCGGGACUUGAAUAGAACUACCGAUUCGAGAGUUGGAAGAGACAAGUUACUGAAUGGAUUCAUUGGGCAUGCCCUGGGCUCUUACUUGGAUUGUGAUUCUUACAGCCUUCCAGCUCCAGGGGGUGGUGGCAGUGUAAAUAUGGAAGAUCUCCCAUUUGAUUUAGAAGAAGAUUCCAGCAAAGCACGGGCAAACUCUGAACCAUAUGCACACGAUCUCCUUGUUGGAGCCCAGUCGAGGCACAAGAUUUUCUAUGAUGAGUUUGUUGUGAAGGCUUUCUAUGAAGCCGAGAAAGCUCACAAAGGCCAGAUGCGGGCGAGUGGAGAUCCUUACCUACAACAUUGUGUGGAGACAGCUGUGCUACUUGCAAAGAUUGGUGCUGAUGCCACAGUCGUUGCUGCAGGGCUGUUGCAUGAUUCAGUGGAUGAUUCUUUUAUGACAUAUGAUUAUAUUCUUCAAGAGUUUGAAGCUGGCCUUGCUGAUCUUGUUCAAGGGGUCUCAAAAAUGAGUCUCUUGAGUAAAUUUGCUCGACUGAACAACACUGCAAGCCGAAAAGCUGAAGCUGACAGAUUACACAUAAUGCUUCUCGCAAUGACAGAUGCCAGAGCAGUUCUUAUAAAGUUGGCUGAUCGUUUGCACAACAUGAUGACAUUGGAUGCCUUGCCUAUGAUUAAACAACAAAGAUUUGCAAAGGAAACUCUAAUGAUUUUUGUUCCAUUAGCCAACCGGUUGGGAAUCUUUAGUUGGAAGGAGCAGCUUGAAAAUGUGUGCUUUAAACAUUUAUACCCAGAGCAUUACAAACAGUUGUCUUCCAAACUUGUUAGAUCCUUCGAUGAAGAUAUGAUUUCCUCCUCUAUAGAGAAGCUAGAGAAAGCUCUCAAGGACAAGGGCAUUAGCUAUCAAUUUCUAACAGGGAGAUGCAAGAGUUUGUACAGCAUUUACUCCAAAAUGCUCAAGAAGAAUCAAACACUAGAUGAUAUCCAUGAUAUACACGGGCUACGCUUGAUAGUUGAGAAACAGGAAGACUGUUAUGCAGCCCUAGAGAUUGUACAUGGCUUGUGGCCUGAAGUUGAUGAAACUUUCAAGGACUACGUAGCCCAUCCAAAAGUCAAUGGGUACCGAUCACUGCAUACUGUUGUUCUAAGCCAAGAGUCACUUCCUCUCGAGGUUCAGAUUCGAACUAAAGAGAUGCAUCUACAGGCAGAGUUUGGGAUUGCUGCUCACUGGAGAUACAAGGAAGGUGACUGCCAGCAUUCUUCCUUUGUUCUUCAAAUGGUGGAAUGGGCUCGAUGGGUCGUGUCAUGGCAAUGCGAGACUUUGAAUAUGAGCCAUUCAUCGUCCUCCAGCGAUGCUGAUUCAAUCAGGCCGCCAUGCCCUUUUCCUUUGCAUUCUCAUAGCUGCCCCUACUCUUACACUCAACAGAGAAAUUACACUGGGCCUGUUUUCAUCAUCAUUCUGGAAAAUGAGAAGAUGACUGUACAUGAACUCCCGGGGAAAUCUACAGUCGCAAAUCUUUUAGAUCGAGUUGGGGGAAUUCACAUACGUUGGCCAAACUACACAUUCACAGAGAAAGAAGAACUGCAACCAAGGCUGAACAAUCAACCUGUUAUUGACCUAAACCAGGAGCUAAGGAUGGGUGAUCUGGUAGAGCUAAAGCCGGUGAUUUCCGACUGGUCGUUGACAGAAUACAGAGAGGAAAUCCAGCGCAUGUAUGAUAAAGAUCUGAGCGUCUCAGGCAGGUAGAUUUGGAAGCAGAUUUCCAUCCUUGCUAACGUUGUCAUUUCUUCUCCACAACCAGUUUCAUUUUGCUGGAGAAGUUUAUUCAGCUAUGUAAUAGUUCCUGUACAUUGAAAAAAUUAUAUAUAUUUGUACAUAAACCAUUAAAAGCUCCA